AUGGAAACUACACCAAGCACUAUUACAUUGGAAGCUUCUGAUAGCGUAAAGUUCCAGGUGGACAAGCAGGUUGCCAACAUGUUUGUUGCCAUUAAGAAUAUGUUGGAGGACAUUGGUGAUGAGACCAACGCCAUCCCACUGCCAAACGUCACCAGCGAGAACUUGAAGCUGAUCAUCGAGUGGUGCGAGUACCAUCUGAAGAACCCAAACCCCGAGCCAAUGAAGGACAAGAAGGAGAUCUACGACUGCCAGUACGACAAGGACUUUGCCACCAAGCUGGAGCACGUCACCCUCUUUGAGCUGAUCCUCGCCGCCAACUACCUCGACAUCAAGGGCCUGCUGGACGUCACCUGCAAGACCGUCGCCAACCACAUCCGCUCCAAGACACCAGACGAGAUUAAGGCUUUCUACGGCCUCACCCAAGACUUCACCCCAGAGGAGGAGCAGAUGCUCAGAGACGAGAAUGAGUGGUGCGAGACCAGAGACUACUAA